UUGAGAUUGCUAGCACAAAUACAGAUGAAGAAAGGAAUGGACUUUUCAUGAAACUUUAAGGAAUGCAUUUCUCAUCACACCGCUACAUACAGAUGAAGAGAAAGCUACGUGUAAGAGAUGAGCAUAGAUGACGAGCAUUGUGUGUUUAUGUAGUGAAACCUCUUAUUCGUGUGAAGGAGUUGCAGAUGCUUUAGCUCAGCAGUUAGCAGCAUAUUAUCAGCAAGCUAAUGCCAUUCUUGUCGUCACAUCCCAUCAAGUUCUUUCUUUUUUAAACGGGAAGGGAAGUUAAUUCUCUUUAAAGUGAUGAUGAGGACUUUGGUGUUCACAUGACUGACAUUUCCCAGUUACAUGGCAAGACUCUGCAGUUAGCAUCUAUCGGUCAGCAGAAAGGACCGUCCCAUGCCCUCGCCUGACCAGGUGUGUAAGAAUGAAGAAGAUCAGUCUCAAGACGAUCAGAAAGUCACUUAAUAUAAAGGGCAAAGAAGAUGGGGACUUUGUCAUGCUCCAGCAGCCACCUUUAGCUGCUGAGUUUACCAAGGAGGACUCUCUCUUUGGAGGUUGUUACACCAAAGGGCUGGUCGGUUGUGAUCAUAAUGGUGAGGAUGAGAAGGGUCAUAAGAACAGAUCGAAGAGCGAGAGUCUUAUGGGCACUCUAAAAAGGAGGCUGUCUACAAAACAGAAAGCUAAAGUCAAAGGAGGCUCUACCACAGUGGGCUCUGGAGAUGAUGACGAUGACUGCUUCUCUUCCUCAUCAGUCCCAUUAAGCUUUAGUGAAAUCAAAGCCCAGCGCCCUUUAAGAUCCUCUUCUCUCCGAAGCCAUCAUUACAGCCCUUCUCCAUGGCCUUUCAGGCAUGUGAGCUCCGAGGAAGCUUGUAUCAAAAUGGAGGUGAAGGUAAAAGCCAUGGUCCACUCCCCUAACCCUAGUCCCUCCCUUAAUGGCAUCAGAAAAGAGUUCCAUGACAUCCAAUUAGAAGGUCUAUUCCAAGAUCAGACCGAAUCUCUGAAGGACAUGGAGACUCAAAGCGGUAACUUACAUUUGAACAUUGAGGAUCAUGUGCCUAUUGGAUUCACACCUCAGGUCUACAUCCAGUGCACAAUGCCUUUAGAUGAGGGAAUGUACCCAGUUUCAUCCCAGUCUUUUUGCUUAGAUGGCCCCUCGCCCAUGGAAGUGGUAAAUCAGGUUGAAUCUAACUCGCUGCACAUAGACAAAGAUGAUCUCAUGCCAUCAGACAUUCUUAUGGACCAGUCAGUGAAUGGAAACCUACCUGGUACUCCAUCAAUGGUCCUUUCCAGUUCCAGAGCCAAUACACCUUUAUUUUCUCCCUCACUGUCACCUCUUUCCACCAUUGAAAUUCCAAGGACCCUCUCCGGGUUCAGUGGUGAAGACUCUCACGUUGUGGAGAGAGUGAGGCAUCAUCUGAACUUUGACCCCAGUUCUGCUCCCGGUGUUAGCAGGGUGUAUGAUUCUUUCCAAAGCAGUGGACCCACUGUUCUAACAAGCCUUACAGAGGAACUUAAAAAACUGGCCAAGCAGGGUUGGUACUGGGGACCUAUAACUCGAUGGGAGGCUGAGGAGAAGCUCACCAACCUUCCAGAUGGUUCCUUUUUGGUGAGAGACAGCUCAGACGAUCGCCAUCUCCUCAGCUUGAGCUUUCGGUCACAGGGAAAGACGCUCCAUACCAGGAUUGAACACUCAAAUGGCAGGUUCAGUUUUUAUGAGCAGCCAGAUGUAGAAGGUCACACUUCCAUAGUAGAUCUCAUUGAGCAUUCUAUUAAAGACUCGGAAAACGGUGCAUUCUGUUACUCCAGAUCGCGCUUGCCAGGGUCAGCCAUGUACCCUGUUCGGUUGACGAAUCCUGUCUCUCGUUUCAUGCAAGUCCGUUCGCUGCAAUAUCUUUGCCGAUUUGUCAUUCGACAGUACACGCGGAUCGAUCUGAUUCAGAAACUGCCUUUACCAAACAAAAUGAAAGAUUAUUUGCAGGAGAAGCACUAUUGAAAUGAUUGUAGUGGGAUACGGUAGUAAAUUGCACUUUUUGUUGAGUGAUACGUCCUUAAAACUGUUUACACAUAUGGAGGUAAAGGUUUGAUUUGUGUCAAAAGCAUAGGUUGACUAUCUGAUCUUCCCACAAAUAAGAGCGAUAAUUUUGUUGUUGCUCAGAUUCAGUGUUUUACUUUUUACAGGGCUCAUCAUAGCUACAUGGUAAGAAACCAGCCUGUUCUCAUAUCAUUUACAUGACAAUAUAAACAUUUUUGCAAACCAAAAUUUUGUGCUUCAUGGCUGCAGUUUCUUAGUGAAAUGUCCAGCGUGGGGGGCACCAAAAUCAAGUGAAAUUAUAUUGUUAUUAGACAAGGUUUUUUAGGAGAAUAUUGUAUGGAUGUUUUAACAAGUAAAACAUACCUCCCUAACUUAAAACAUUAACCUAAACCUAACCAGUUGUGUUUAAAAUGAUAAAUGAGAGGUGAACAAAACAUCCUUACACGUAACCAACACCUAAACAUUAAUGAUACACAUUUUAAAAACAUAUCUGACAUUUAAUGCACAUUUAUUGAAGCAACCACGCCAUUUUGUGUCAUUUCUAUGGCACGUUCGCUUUACUUUUGCUUCGAGCGUCCUUGGCUGGGCUUGAGAUUCGGUCUCCAAGUCCAUUGUCCAACACACUAUCAGGUGAACUCCCACGGAAGAUAAUCAAAUUGGAAUAAGUGUGUAAGUGUAGGUCGAUCUGUAAUACAAGCGAUAAAAUGUAUUGUUUUUUAAAUUAGGUAUGGGCACGAGUACUCAGAAGUGACAGAUAUGAUCGUUAAUGUAAAGGCUUGACGUGAAAAUUCAGUGACAACUACCUGACAGCUAUUCUCUACUUAUCAAAGAGAGGCCAUAUUAAUUUUUUUUUAGAUUGAUUACAUUGUCAUAUUCAGCAGUACCUUGAUUGUCAACAGAGACGUCUCAUAGCAACCAAACUGACCAACGAUGCUGCAGUGAUAACGUUUGUUCUACAGGUUUACGAUAAUCAAAAGAAAGUCCACAGUGUUGUGAACAUCUGUCUCUGCUCAUGUUUGCUAAACAGGUUUUAUUGUCAUAUAAUGUAGAAACUUUGACUCAUUAAUGUAUAUUAUUUAACAAAUGUUAAGGUUUAUCAUUGACUGUAAAUCUCUCUCGGUGCCGUCAAGUUUGCGUGACACACCUGCAUCUCAGCAAAAUCGGAGCUGAAGAUUUGCGCACAAGUUGUAGUCCAACAUAAAGUGGCGUUCCAUCGCAGUUUUCCCUGUAUGAAGUUUAAAAUUCCAAGUUAAAUGGGAGGAAGCAUGAAAUAUCACAGCAACAAACUCCAAAAGUGCAGUGUGACUAAGUCCGUGGCAGAGACAGCGCUCUACACUCUGGAGAAGCACACACACAUAAGGGAAAUCUUUCCUCUUCGUCUAAAUGGAGCACAGCUGAAUGUAACAGAACACAGGGUCUUCAAAACUAUUUUCAACUUAACACUGUGUUUUAAAAACGCAAAUAUUAUGGGGUCAUGGAAAUCAUGGUUUGCAGAUACAUGAUUCAGAAACAGUGGAGCACACUUACCAAGCUUAUUACAGUAACCUGAAGGAAGAACAGAGAUGCACGUUCUGAGCAUUGUUUCAUUGGAUUGACCAUCGAGUCUUCAAAUAAUGACAAAAUAUUUAGCAUUAUAUUUUGAUUGACUUCUUUUGUACUUAUUGUAACAGACAACAUUAAAACAGCCUAUGUUAAUGAAUAGACGUUGGAGCAAUGAGACACAAUGCAGCAGCCAAAGACGUAUGACGUACGACCCCCCUCCGAGUACUCGAGUAGACAAAAUGACCAAAAUGCCCACCCCUAUUUCAAAUGACGUGUUAGAAUAAAAGUUUUUAGUAAAAACAUAGCAGGGUGUGAGUAAUAGAGCGAGGAACAAAAGCGUUUAUAAAGUAAUAAGCAGUGAUUGUACCCAUGAUUUGUGUGAAAGUGAAUAAAAUGCAAAGUUGUUGUAGUGCCUCUAGUGUUUAUUUCACCAAGAAACUGCAACUAAACAUAGAAAGCAGCAUGUAAACUUGGUUUGCAAAACUAGUUAUAGUAACGUUCACUCUGAGAUUAGGUUGUAAGAAACAUAGUCAGGAUUGGGAUGCCAUGCCUAAUGAAUUUAUUGGCCUACAGAUUAAAUGAAUAUGUUUUGUAGAUUAUGAUUUGAAAGCUUGGAUUGGAAAAUAGUCAUGUUGCUGUAAAGCCUCUGCAUUUGGUUGUUCUUUACUAAGAAAAUAUGAUGUCAGCCAAAUUUUUGGCAGGUUUUAAUAGUUUUCUCUCUUAUAAUCGGUACAUUUCAAUUAAACUUGCUAAUAUGCUGGAUGCCAAUUUUUGGUGGAAUAUAUUUAUAGUUGUGCAUCAAAGAUCAACACACUUUACUGAAAGAGUUUUUGAGGAUUAAUCUUCUAAAAUUGUUAAAAGUAAAAUUUUUCUCUUAACAUUUACUUAAAACAUUUGUUCAAUGCCAUGCAUUACACUUUUGUAGAUCUGUGCAAAUUGACAACAGUUUGAGUCAGUCAGGUAUGAGAGCACCACAAAGAAAAGACUGUGAAUCACAUAAAAAGAAAACAUUAUAGAAAUAUAUAUAUAUAUAUAUAUAUAUAUAUAUAUAUAUUUUUUUUUUUUUUUUAAAUGCCAAUAAUCUCUGAUUUUUCCCAGAUUUAUUUUGUUUCAUUUUAAUUUGUUUAAUUUAUGUUGUGUUUUGUGGUUCAUGCAGUAUUUUGUUCUGUUAAACAUUUUUUAUCAUACUAAAUCAUUUUUGGCUCACAUACAUAAGCAAAGAUAUUAUGGUUCAUGAACAUAUUGUUUGUUUUGUUUUUAAACACCAUGUAAAUGUUAUAGUUUACCCAAAAUAAAAAAUAAAUUGUCUUCAUUUACACACCGUCAUGUUGUUCCAACCUCAUAUGACAGACAUAUGUUAGACAGUAUGUUAGCCUCAGUCACCAUUCGCUUUCAUUUCAUAUUUGUCCAUACAAUGAACAUGAAUGGUGAUCGUAGCUAACAUUCUGCUUAAAAAUGUUUUUUGUUCAACGAAAACGAAUGUCUUCCAAGUUUGGAACAACGUGAGGGUGAGAACAUUUUGACAAUGCUAUUUUUCGAGUUAACUAACUUUUAGUAUUUUUUCUUUCAAAUUCUAGUGCUGGAAAGAUCAGUUGUUGUAGUUGCUCUGGUUGAGUGAACAAAAUAAAGCAGGAAUUGUUUGUGACAACCUACCAAACCUAAAAGCACAGUUUUAUAGACAUUACACAUUAAAUUGCUUAUUUAUACUUGAUCCAUGUAGGCAAACUUCCAAUUAAUUAAUCUGCAAAUAUCCUAAAUGAGUUAUGCAUUCAUAAGUUAAAUACUCUGUGUGAAUAUGGGAAUUUUUUUCUCUCCCAUGCAGAACGAGAGCAGGUUUUCCUUACCCGCUGCCCUCUAUAAUAGCAACAUGUCAGCCUGUCAGUAUUUGAUAAACUAUGCUUCAAGCCAAAAUGUUGCAUUCAGACGUUUGAGAAUUCAUACACUGUUGUGCAUUUUAUUUAGCAUUUUCUCCACACCACUAGUCUCCUUUACACUUACCUGUCAUCAUUACCUCUCCUAUCACCUGAAUGGGAAUUGCCUAUUGCUUUUUUCUUUUAAUUGGGGCUUUAAUUGGGCUUUCUUAUAGGGAAAAAGUCAUAUCAGUCAUUGGAAACUCAUAAUUUCUAAGGUGUAGUUAUUAUCAACUCUGAAUGUGACUGAAAUUACACAAAACUAAAUGAUGCUGGGCUAGAUUAGGACUACAUGUGUGUUGUCCUCAUAAGAGUUGGCACUGUUUGACUUUAGACUAUAUUGGGAUAAUCAACAAAAGCAAAUAGGGGAGCUUACAAAUGAAUCAGAGCCAGAACUUCUUAUUCACAGUUUUCACACCACGCAUGGUCCAAGGCAUUUUAAGGACCUUUACAAAACGAAAACAAAAAAGUGCCAACUGGCAUUCACGGAAAACAUUGAACAAUACGGUGUGAAGUAUUCGUGAAACACCUUGGGGAGAGUUUGAAGGUUAGCUGUAAAAUAAGCACAGUUUGUCAUCUUUAAUAUUAAUUCGUGAAAACAUACCCAUGGAAUUUAUUUCUUGAAUUAAUGUUUUAUUGGUGUGAUGAGUUUGUUUUAAAUAUGCUUAUGAGGGAACAGUUGAGGUGGAAGAUUCUCCUUAAAGGGAUAAUUCACCCCUGAAUGAAAAUAUUGUCCUAAUUUUCUGACCUUUGUGGGAAAGAAAAGGAGAUGUUAGCUUCAGUCAUAUUUUUUUCUAUACAAUGAAUGUGAAUGGUAAUUGAGACUAACAUUUUGCCUAACAUCUCCUUUUGUGUUCCACGGAAGAAAGAUAUUGGUUUGGAAUGACAGAAUUAGAUUUUUUUUGGCGAACUGUCCUUUAGCACACCAUAGACUUUUAGGUUGAGGUGAAGAAUGUGCUCUGUUGAAUGUGAGGUGUAUUGUUGGCUCUGUUUGCUGUAUUUGAACUGGUGAAGUUGCCAUUUGUUUUACCCCAUUAAAUGGUUUUGUUAAGAGUCAGGAUAAUUGUCUUCUCAAAGCAAUUGCUGAUAUCUGAAUUACUUCUAAAUUGUGAGUGUAAUAGAGUGAACAACAAGCAACAAAAAGAAGAAUGUCUUUUCAAUUAGUUGAAAGUGCAUUUACCAGAAUGUGGAAGUUGACUAAUGCAAAAAAUAAAUGUGAACUUAAGUGUUUGAUCACAAUGUACAAUGUUUUUAUUUUAUUUUUGCCAGAUGUUUGGAUUAUAAUUAGAUAAACACUGAAAUUGUUCAGUUUUGUCUGCGGUGUGUGUGAUUGUGCUUUUUUUUUUUUUUAAAACAUUUCCAGGUUUCCAUUAUUUUAAUAUUUUUUUCAUAAACUUGUAUGCUUGUUUGGACUGCUGAAGUAUUUUGACUUUUAAGAUAAUGACAGUCAAGCACUUAAGUUUCACUGAAAUAUAUAUUUUUCUAAUCCAUAUUCUGUUGUCCUCGUACUGCGAAUGAAGGUGAUUGUUUACAUGAUAAAAACUACUUUUUCUUUGUUUGUAUGAUGUCUCUCUAAACAUCUUGGUACAAUUUUUAGAAUGUUUUUCUUUAAUGUGUCAUGCACAUUUAUGCUGCUUUACGAUUAUGAUUGCCUUUUUAAUUACAAAAUGGGGGAGAUGGAAUGUCACCUAGGUAUAGGCCUAUGUUUUCACAAUGACUUUGGUAAACUCUUGAGAAAGUCGGAUGCAAAAAUUGUUGUCAACGUUUCUAGUUAGUUAUAAUGCUCUGAAUUCAGUCCUUUAUUAUAUCAGAAAGAGUCUGCUCACUCCAGUUUACAUGGUCUGUUUUCCAAAGUCAGUUAUUGUUUGUUGUCAUUUAAAUUAAAGAAAGAACCAAUAGUAUUUUCUUGCACAUUUGGAUCGUUUUUUUUUUUUUUUUUUGUAUCUG